AUGCGUUUAUUCGUCGGUUACAAAUCAUCAAAUCAAAGCUUUAAACAAUUAGAAGUAGAAACCGAAAGAGGUGAUGCCGGUUAUCUUCAGAUGGAUUGCGCCCGUGAAUCUUUCGCAUUUGCAACAUAUAAACCAAAAUCAGAAAGGAAAGUUAAAAAGUUUGUUCAUUCGUUAUAUAAUAAUGUUCAAAAAUAUGAUAACUCAGUAUGUGGUAAAUAUAUUGACCCUUCAGAAGUUUUCAAGAAAGCAAAUGAAGAAGUUGAUGUCACUUUUGAUAUGAUUAUUCCGGUAAAUGAUUUGUUAGCAUUUCAGGCGUUCGAUGAUUAUCCUAAAUCAUUUGGUGAUAUCAUUCUUAAAUAUUAUGUUUUCAGGGAUACUUUAGUAUUUUGUCAGGUUGACCCGUUAAGAGUUGCUGAUUUACAAAAUUACGUUUAUGAAAAGAUAACUGAUGAAAAUUAUGAAAAGAUUAUGAAUCAUGUUUAUAAAUAUGAUCGCAAAUUCCAACAAAUCGGACUUCCUGCCAAAUUAAUUACAAGCUUAGCCGCUACAUCUGCUGACGCAACAGUUGAUGACGUUAUUAUUUCAUGCACAAAGAUGGAAGUUUUAGAGGAUAAAUGCAUUACACCAGGAUACGGUUUAAUUGAAGAAUCAGUUAAAGCAAUACCACGUUUAUUCAGUAAGGAAGAUCCAUUCAUGAUUCCAGCUCAACAUAUUGACGUUCGUUCACUAAAUGGAGGUUGCAUCACUCCUGAAGGUAUCAGCUCAGAUUUCUCAUACGCUCUUCAUAAUGUUACAGAUGUUGUUAUGUAA